GAUAUUAAUAAGCAAACCGAAGAAAUGAAUAAGAUGAUGGAAGAGAUGGCUGAAGAUUUUCGUCUAGCGUUCGAUGAAGAGCUUGUAAAGCUUCACGAAGCAACGCUUCCACCGCUCACCACACCACCACCAGUAGGCGUUCAACCACCAGAAGUGCCAUUCCCAGAUCCACCAUCAUUUUGUCUAUAA